UUGUGGGCAGUUCAAAGACCCUGUGAUAGGAGAAGGUCAACCCUGCCAGUUUUGAAAAACAGCCGAAAUGUCAGCAACAUCACACAAAUACUUCACAAGCAUAGAUGAUGAAAAACGGGAAUAAAUGGUUUUCUUCAAAAGAAACCAUGUCAGACCACGCCCCUUCUGUAGCCAUGGAGGCUGUCCUGAAGCCCAGCCAUGACCUCCCCGAGGACAUGCCGAAAAUCAGAGGCUAUGACUUCAACCAGGGAGUCGAUCUCCAGGCGGUGCUGAAGUCCUACCUCACCACAGGCUUUCAGGCCAGCAGUCUAAGCUUAGCCAUACAAGAGAUCAACCACAUGAUUGAGAAGCGCCUCGAGCCAGUGGAACCAGAUGAAGGGAACGAGUUACAACAACACUCUGGUUGCACUAUUUUUCUGGGUUACACCUCCAAUCUCAUCAGCUCUGGAGUGAGAGAAAGUAUCCGCUAUCUGGCAGAGCACAAAAUGGUGGAUGUGAUUGUAACCACAGCUGGAGGCAUCGAGGAGGAUUUGAUUAAAUGUCUGGCUCACACCUACUUAGGAGACUUUAGUUUGCCAGGGAAAGAUCUCCGGCUGAAAGGAAUCAACAGAAUUGGGAAUCUGCUGGUUCCUAAUGAUAACUACUGUAAAUUUGAAGACUGGCUGAUGCCCAUUCUGGACCAGAUGCUGCUGGAGCAGAACACAGAGGGUGUGCGUUGGACUCCCUCCAAAAUGAUCCAUCGACUGGGCAAAGAGAUCAAUAAUACUGACUCUGUGUAUUACUGGGCCUAUAAGAAUAACAUCCCAGUGUUCAGCCCUGCUCUCACCGAUGGCUCUCUGGGAGACAUGAUUUACUUUCACUCAUUUAAAAACCCUGGCCUGGUUUUGGACAUUGUAGAAGAUAUUCGCAGGUUGAACAGUCUGGCAGUUUUUGCUAAGAAGACCGGAAUGAUCAUCCUGGGAGGAGGGCUGGUGAAGCAUCAUAUAGCCAAUGCAAAUCUUAUGAGGAAUGGAGCAGACUUUGCGGUGUACGUGAACACCGGCCAGGAGUUUGACGGCUCUGACUCUGGGGCUCGACCUGAUGAAGCCAUAUCAUGGGGCAAGAUCAGAGCGGAUGCCAAACCUGUGAAGGUGUACGCAGAUGCCUCUUUGGUGUUUCCUCUGAUCGUGGCCGAGACCUUCGCUCUCCACUUCAAGAAGCUGACCGCUGAAAAGAAAGCAGAUUAGAGGUGGUUUUCUUUAAAUGUUUUUUUUUCUCCAAUUUAAUUUAUGCAUUUAACAAUUCUUUUCAUUGAAAAAAGUCACUCUUUGGACCUUGAAAAGACUUUGAAAGCCUUUUGCAACCCUGCUUUGCACACAGCAUUAGGUGUGAAGUUUAAUUGGUUAUAAAUAAAUAACUAGGUGACCUUUUUAUCAUUUAUUUUCUGUUUGCUGGAUUUCCAUGCAGGUUAAAAAAAGAAAGAUCCUGUCAGACAUUCAGAGUUCUUUUUGGUAUUGAUCCUGACAUUUGAUUUAACUUUUUUUUUAGAUGCAAGCAUCACCUUUUAUUUUUAUAUAUAUUUUUAGAAAAUUCUUGUUACAUUUUGCAUGUUUUUAGGCAUAAAAGUACAGCUGUAAGUAAGUAAAUAAAAAGGCUUUUCAUGUGAAAAGUUAGUAAAAUAAAAUGUUUAAUUGACUUGGAAUCUAAGAUGGUUUUUUUUACUAUUUUAAGAAUGCUGCAACAAUGCUUUCAAAAAGGAUUUAAAAAAUAAAAUGAAAAGAGUCUGAAUUGUUGUAACACAA